AUGCGCCGCUCUGCAUUGCGGGCCAUCGAGUCCGCGAAGCCUCUCUCAAGAGCUCCUCGCUCCGUGUCGAGAAGCUUCGCUACUCUGAAUGACUCGGCCAAGGACCCCGUCGACCUUGAUCAGAUCACCACACUCCCUAAUGGAAUUCGAGUUGCCACAGAAUCAUUACCCGGUCCCUUCGCAGGUGUCGGAGUUUACGUCGACGCCGGAUCUCGUUAUGAAGAUGCCAGCCUUCGCGGUGUCAGCCACAUCAUGGACAGACUUGCUUUCAAGUCGACCAAAACGCGCACGGCAGAUGAAAUGCUGGAGGUUCUCGAGUCGCUAGGCGGUAACAUUCAAUGCGCAUCGUCUCGCGAGUCGCUGAUGUACCAGUCUGCCAGUUUCAACUCGGCAGUCCCCACAACCCUCGGUCUGCUGGCGGAGACGAUUCGGGAUCCUCUAAUCACUGAGGAUGAGGUGCUUCAACAACUUGCCACGGCAGAGUAUGAAAUUGGCGAGAUUUGGGCAAAGCCGGAGUUGAUCCUGCCGGAGCUGGUCCACAUGACUGCCUUCAAGGAUAACACUCUCGGUAACCCGUUGCUUUGCCCAAGUGAGAGGCUGGGUGAGAUUAACAAGGCGGUUGUCGAGCGAUAUCGUGAGGUGUUCUUCAACCCGGACCGCAUGGUCGUCGCUUUUGCCGGCGUGUCUCAUGCGGAGGCCGUCAAGCUCACCGAGCAGUACUUUGGAGAUAUGAAGGCGAGAGGGACGGGCAAGGGCCCCGUGCUAUCAGGAACUGGAAUCGACACCACAUUAUCAAACUCCCCCUCUGUCGCUAGCGAGGGCCAGGUGCCUACCGUUCCUCAAUUCACCCCCUCAUCGACCACGACCAGCCCGGCCGCUUCGCAGCAAACUCAGUCCUCCCUCCUGUCGAAGCUUCCAUUCCUCAAGAACCUCUCCUCCGCAAACAAGAAGGCCACCGUCGAGCCCCUACACCCGUCUUUGAUCGAGCCAUCGGCUCUGGAUCUCCGCAGACCCGCUCACUAUACCGGUGGAUUCAUCGCCCUCCCUCCUAUCCCACCCCCAGCCAACCCCAUGUUGCCACGACUGAGCCACAUCCACCUUGCCUUCGAGGCACUCCCCAUCUCCUCUCCCGAUAUCUACGCCCUCGCUACCCUCCAGACGUUGCUUGGUGGCGGUGGUUCCUUCUCCGCUGGCGGUCCCGGCAAGGGUAUGUACUCGCGCCUCUAUACCAACGUUCUGAACCAGCACGGUUGGGUGGAGAGCUGCGUGGCCUUCAACCACAGCUACACCGACAGCGGUAUCUUCGGUAUAUCCGCGUCGUGCAGUCCCACCCGGACCGCCGAUAUGCUUGAGGUGAUGUGCCGCGAGCUGCAGUCUCUGACUCUGGACACCGGCUACACUGCCCUGCAGACCCAGGAGGUCAACCGGGCGAAGAACCAGCUCCGGUCAUCGUUGCUCAUGAACCUCGAGUCCCGCAUGGUGGAACUUGAGGAUCUCGGCCGUCAGGUGCAAGUCCACGGUCGUAAGGUCGGCGUUCGUGAGAUGUGCGACCAGAUUGAGGCCCUGACUGUCGAGGAUCUGCGCCGUGUGGCUCGCCAGGUCUUUGGUGGCAAUGUCCAGAACAAUGGCCAGGGCACCGGCAAGCCCACGGUUGUGCUCCAGGAGGGCGAGCUGGAGGGCUACAAGCUCCGGUCAUUCCCGUGGGAGGAGAUCCAAGAGCGUAUUUCUCGUUGGAAGCUCGGUCGGCGAUAA